AGUGCAGUAACCACUCCGUAGGUCUUAAUUUUACGUUAUUAACUUCUUAUAGUUUUUAUUUUAAUUUGUUUCGGAAGUUAAUAGUGAACGAUUUAAAAUGGCAGACGAAUUGACUAUAAAGAGUCUGACUCUACUGUUCGAUCGUCCCAACGAACCGUUGAUCACCCCAAAGGGCGAAAACAAUACUAUCUUUCAGCUGACUGAUCAAUUUAUCCCUCCAGACUACGAGAACAAUGGCUUAGACCUCAACAACCGCUACGGUGAGGAUGCUUCCGAGACGAUCCCACUGAAGAACUUGAGCCAGGUGCCGCAGUUUCCCCUUGCGUCGCAGCUACCACCCGAUGCAGAAUUCUCUCUCUUCCUGCCGAAGCACCAGGCGAUGGCCUCGGAGGUCAUCGAUGUACUUAUGAAUGUGCCGGAGAAUCAGUUCGCAGACUUCGUGUCCACUUGUGCCUACGCCAGGGUGCAUCUGAACUCACAGCUUUUCAACUAUUGCUUCUCUGUCGCUUUGAUGCAUAGACGAGACACACGCAAUGUGCCGAUUCCCAAUUUCGCGGAGACGUUUCCUUCAAAAUUCAUGGACUCACAAGUGUUCCAGCAGGCUCGCGAAUCCACGCGAAUCUUGGAAGGCAACGAGCGUAAUCCAAUUAUUAUCCCAAGAGACUACACUGCCACUGAUUUGGAAGAAGAACAUCGUGUGUCGUACUGGCGUGAAGAUAUUGGCAUCAACUUGCAUCACUGGCACUGGCAUCUCGUGUAUCCUUUUACUUCUUCCAACAGAGCCAUUGUGGCUAAAGACCGACGUGGUGAACUCUUCUUCUAUAUGCACCAACAGGUCAUUGCGCGUUACAACUGUGAACGUCUCGACAACUCUCUGAAACGAGUAGCAAAGUUUAGCAACUUUAAUGCACCGAUCCCUGAAGCGUACUUUCCCAAGCUGGACAGCCUGACGUCAGCGCGUGGGUGGCCCCCGCGACAGUCGGGUAUGCGCUGGCAAGACCUGAAGCGCCCUGCUGAUGGACUCAACGUUACUCUUGCUGACAUGGAAAGAUGGAAGAGGAGCAUUUCUGAGGUUAUUUCCACUGGGAAAGUGAGAUUGGCGAAUGGCGGCUUUCAAGACCUGGACAUCGACACACUGGGCAAUAUUAUAGAGGCCAGUAUCUUGUCACCCAACCCGCAACUUUAUGGCUCUCUGCACAACAACGGUCAUAUGUUCGCUGGGUACAUGCAUGACCCUAGCCACCGUUACUUGGAAAACUUCGCCGUGAUGGCCGACGAAGCGACGAAUAUGCGCGACCCGUUCUUCUAUUGCUGGCAUGCGUACAUUGACGACCUCUUCCAACAACACAAACAGUCACCUUACGUCAGCCCUUACUCAAUCUCUGAGCUGAUGAACCCGGGCGUGCGAGUACAAUCAGUGACCAUCGAAAACCUCGAAGGUGAUGGCCAGCCAAACACCCUAAACACGUUCUGGAUGCAGAGCGAUCUCGACCUGUCCCGUGGUUUGGACUUCUCCAAUCGUGGACCCGUGUUCGCGCGCUACACACAUCUUAACCAUCGCCGGUUCCGUUACGUAAUUGGAGUGAACAACACUGGCAAUGCUCGGCGUACUACAGUCCGCAUCUUCCUGGGACCCAAGUUCGAUGAACGUAAUCUACCGUGGAUUCUCGCCGACCAACGGAAAAUGUUCCUCGAGAUGGACAGAUUCGUCACUCCACUAAAAGCGGGCCAGAACACUAUAACACGUGACUCAACCGAAUCUUCCCUGACAAUUCCAUUCGAGCAGACGUUCCGCGACUUGAGCGCGCAGGGCCAAGACCCCCGGGUAGACGCUCUCGCUGCUUUCAACUUCUGUGGCUGCGGCUGGCCCCAGCAUAUGCUCGUACCCAGGGGCACUGUAGGUGGCGCGCAGUACCAGCUCUUCGUCAUGCUGUCUAACUACGACUUCGACAAGUUGGACCAAGCCGACGGGCGCGAACUGUCCUGUAAAGAGGCUUCGAGCUUCUGCGGGCUUCGCGACCGCCUGUUCCCCGACAAGCGUGCUAUGGGCUUUCCCUUCGACCGGCCUUCUACCUUCGCCAAUAAUAUUGAAGACUUCAUCCUCUCAAAUAUGGCGCUGCAAGACGUCACUAUCAAACUGCAGAAUUCCACCGAGCCCAACCCUAGGAACCCCAGGCAAUAGACUACAGCGUUUCUUCGACAAGGCAAUACUUUCUAAAACAACCGGAGAUGUUAAAAGAAGAUACUAAAACCA